CGAUUGAUAUGCUGGUAAAGUCGAGCGGUUGUGUUGGUACAGUGUAGGAUGAAAGUUUCAAUGCGACGUGUAUGUAAGAUACUGUAUUAUAAUGAGGUGUCACGGAGUGAGGUCGUACAUAAUAUGUCAGCAUUCAGGAAUAUCUCAUGGAAAUGGUUUGUUGCAUCCGUCUUUAGUGGCCAACGCCACUAUUCAGCAGUACCUUCAAUCUGUCUGAAACGUGCCCUCCUGGUGUCAAAAAUGACACGAUAUGAACUAGAGUGUCAGCGAUACCCAGAACUCAGCAUGUCAAAACUGGAGGCUACUUUGAGAAAACAGUGUUUUGACUAUGAUGUUUUGCUGCAGCAUCACAGAUUACAUAAAGAGUUUGAACACAGAGUCAGGACAGUACUGAAUGACUGUGGAAUAGAAACAAGAACUGUCAACAGGUCUGAAUACACACAGAGCAAUAUAGACUGGGCUGACAUAAUAAUCCCAACAGGAGGUGAUGGCACAUACCUUAUGGCAGCUAGUCAAGUAGCUGGGAAUGAAAAACCAGUUGUUGGCUUGAAUUCAGAUCCCAGUCGAUCAGAAGGCUAUCUCUGCCUGCCAGUUAAAUAUUCUACAAAUAUUAGAGAGGCUAUUGACAAACUCUUGAAGGGAGAAUUUGAAUGGAUGUUUCGUAGCCGAAUUAGAAUCACAUUACAUGGAGAAAAUCUGUGUGUCACCCCAAUUAAACUGCAUGAACAUGGCUUGCAUCCAAUAUACAGUGAUUUGGAGGUGAAGGAAGAGAUGUCCUUGUCAUCGACGAAUGUUACAUCAGAAGUUGUACCAGUCCUUGCCCUUAAUGAGGUGUAUGUGGGAGAGAGUUUAUCAUCCCGGGUGUCAUACUUUGGGUUGAGUUUUGACAAUGGUGCCUGGACAAAGGUGAAGAGUUCAGGUCUGUGUGUGAGUACAGGCACAGGUUCCACAUCAUGGCACCUCAGCAUCAAUCGCAUCACAGAGCAGUCAGUGGCAGAGGUGAUGAAACUUCUGGGAACCCCAAAUCAGGAUCCAGGUCAUGUGAAGCAUGUCACAGAUGAGUUCAACCAGAACUUGGUGUUUAGUUGUGAGGAUAAGCGGAUGAGUUACACAGUACGCGACCUCAUCUCAGCAGGUGUGUGGCCAGAUCCGAAGGGUCUUGAACCUCGGGGUUUUGCCAACAAGAUUGAAGUUAAGUCACGCUGUUUCGAAGGAGGAAUCGUUGUAGAUGGAGGUGUCUUCUUCAAGUUCAAUGAAGGUACAACAGCUACAUUGGAAAUCCAUAACUGUGAUGCAUUACGGACAGUAAAGUUGAUUGAAACGUGAAAGAUAAACAACUGAAGAAUCAAGGUGUUAUUAUACUAAAGGAGAUCUUGCAACUGCGAAGGUCAAGUUCCGGCAUGAACCGUAUUCAUUAUCAUUUCUCUGAUUAUCUCUCCCGAUUUUAUCAUGCUAAUGAUGUUAGUUGAAGAGUGCAAAUUGUGAAACUUGUUACUUUGUAAUUUUCUGUACACCUUUUGUGUUUUUUGUGAAUUACUUAAUGACACUUUAGUGUCUAAACUACAUAGUCUCAUACUGCUUCCUUAUUGUGGAAACCAGUUACUCAGCUGGAAUUGUGCAGUCCACAUUCCUAACAAAAAUUAAUAGAUGCUUGUAUAUGAACUUACGAAAAAUGUAUGUUUUGAUGUACCAGUUGCUGCUGUUGUCAUUUGCAACCUCCAUCCCAAUGACAGGACUUAUCCGCAAACUGGCAUUAUAUUGUAUAUAUUGGAGUAUAUCCUUUUGUUCCUUGAAGAUUUCUUUAAAUGGUAUCCUGUCAGUCCCUGCAAUUACAUGUAAAGACAGUGAGUCCUGCCUUAAAGGAUCAAAUAAAGUUCUAUUUAGUAUCAAAACAAGAGUUUAUUUAGUCUUCCUGUUGAAGUAUUAUCUUCAGAUGUGUUCUUUUAUCGGAGAAAAUUACAAGAGCAUAAAAUUAUAUCUGAUAAUGAUAAAAUACUAGCGUGAUCUGAAUGCAGACUGUGUAGUGUCUUGGAAUAUAAGUACUAUGCUGUGUUUUUCUGUUGUGAGGAAACAGGGUCUUUCCAGACUGCAUGUGUGUCUCCAUAUUUCCUCCGAUUUUUAUAGAAAUGUCAAUAAUGUAGAUACUACUUGACUAAUUUUCAUGGAACUAGGUAUGAACAUCGUGCCAUUGGAGCCUGGUUCAUCUUGCUGUCUGUUAAGUUUCUGCAUAUAUGUGACAUGAAGUCAUAAAAUCUUAAUUAUCACCCAGAAGAAACAGAGACACAGGUGCAAGAAAUUGUAUGUGAGUUAGUCCUCUACUACAUAUGCACUCUUCAAGGCUACACAUUUUCCCCAAUGAUGCAUUAGCUGCUGGAUACCUUGAUCAUAGAAGGUCUCAUUUUGACUGUUUAGGAAGUCCUCCACUGCAGAAAUGACAUCAUCAUCUUGGAAUUGCCACGAAGUGGCUUUUUUAGCUGUGGAAAGAGGAAGGAGUCACUCGGUGCCAGGUCUGCUGAAUAUGGUGGAUGGGGGAGAAUUUCAUACCCCAAACUGACAGCAAGUGUUGUCGUAGCAUGAGCCAGAGCAUUGUCGUGAAGAAGUCGCA